CGCGCAUGCGCAGUGGAGAUGCAGUCCGCGGUGGGCGGAGUGGAUGCGAGGAUGUUGAGUCUGUGACGAUAAGCAACGUGAAUGAAAAUAAUGACGAAAUAGCUGUGAUCUGGGACAAGUAGCGGUCGCGAAUUCAUACGGCACUGCGCAAAAGGCCAUCUCAGCCAGCUGGCCGGCCACUCUGUGUGACCUCUGGAAAGGCUUGUUAGGAGCACUAUGGGGAACACAAGCAGCGAGAGGGCCGGCAUGGGCCAGGAAAAGGCCCACAGGAGGGAUAGUCGAGGAACCAAGGAAGGAGACCGCCCUAAAAUCCUGAUGGACAGCCCAGAGGAUGCUGAUAUUUUUCACGGGGAGGACAUCAAAGCGCCGUUAGAAAAAGAAGAGUUCAUCGAGUGGAGACCAGACCUGGAGACCAGUGAAAAGGUUCCCGCUUUAGAUCGACCCACUGUAUUUCGGUGGACAGGAGCUGGAAAGGAAGUCUAUAUUUCUGGCUCUUUUAAUAAUUGGACCAAUAAGAUUCCUUUGAUAAGGAGUCAAAACAACUUUGUGGCGAUUGUGGAUUUGCCUGAGGGUGAGCACCAGUAUAAAUUCUUUGUGGAUGGACAGUGGACUCAUGACCCAACAGAGCCUGUGGUGACCAACCAGCUCGGCACGGUCAACAACAUCAUCCAGGUGAAGAAGACAGACUUUGAGGUCUUCGAUGCGCUCAUGGUGGAUUCACAGAAAUGCUCUGACAUGUCAGACCUGUCCAGCUCUCCUCCUGGGCCGUACCAUCAGGACGCUUAUGUGCCCAAACAGGAGGAGAAGUUCAAAUCUCCACCCAUUCUGCCCCCACAUCUCCUACAGGUCAUCUUAAAUAAGGACACAGGUAUCUCAUGUGAUCCAGCUUUGCUCCCUGAGCCCAAUCACGUCAUGCUUAAUCACCUGUACGCUCUGUCCAUUAAGGACGGCGUUAUGGUCCUGAGUGCCACACAUCGCUAUAAGAAGAAAUACGUCACAACCCUGCUGUACAAGCCAAUCUGAGAAACAUAGCUAUUCCAACACACAACUUACAUGACCUCUGUCUAGUUUGGCUGUGUUGUAUAGUAUGUAUUACUGUAGAUAGAAAUGUACAGAGAUGCACUUUUGAGAUAAAUCCCACCUUAAUGGAUAUAAAAUAAUCAGAGGCAUAGAAAUAGGUCAGAUUUACUGGACAGUUAAGCACAUAUCUAUUCUUUUAGAGGUUGGAACAAUUUUUAAACCCACUAUUCAGUGGGACUGGGCCAAUUCGACUGAAUAGAAGCCAGUACGGAGGUGUGUUCUUGAACAGUGUAAAUAAAGUGUGACAUGUUUAUUUUAGUGUUUAAAUAAAAUAUAUAUUUGUGUGUAGAUAAAUAUUAAUAUAUUAUUAGAAAGCAUAAUGCAAUUGCAGCCAUUUAUCGGUCAGAAAAAGGCCAGUUGUUUGGGGCCAAAUAUAUAAAAAGGGUUUAAGAAACCGUUUUACUUAAGAAACUAAUUCUAAGCUUUUAAAUCCAUUGUUUUUAUUAUUUACAUUUUUUAUCUUCUGCAUUUUUAUUACAGAACUAAAUAAAUAUUGCAAAUGUCUUGAUGUAACUCUUAAUCUCUGUUAUGUUCUUUUAAAUUAAAUAUCACUUUGAAUAAAUGAUUCAU